AUGGCGGGGGUUGGCGAAGCAGUGGACGAGGCGCUGAUGGCUUACCUCAAGGAUGUGGAUGAGUAUCAGACGAGCAUGGCAGAGGUGGUUGCUGCGUGUAAGGCUGGGAUGUUGGAACUUGCAAGAGCGAGAAAGAGCAUGGGGUUCAAAGGAUGUGCUGUGUCGCAACUCCAGUACCCCAGCCGAAUGAAAGCUUCUAGGAAAGUCGUCGUCAAGGAUGAGAAUGAAGGAGAGGGCAUACUAGCAAACAGUGAUAAUGAUCAAUUUUGUGAUGGGAAAAGAAUCUUUGUCGAGGCAAUAGAAUCCAUUCCUGAGCAGACGGAGGACGAAGACCCUGUCUUUGUGGAUCCUAUCAAAUGGUUUGGGGUCCUGGUGCCAAGCAGCUUGAGAGUAUCACAGAAAGGUUUUGUCAGAGCUGUAGAGAGCGCAGCCGCAGCUUCUGCUGCGUACAUCAACAUGAAGAGGGAUUAUGCGAGGUACAAGCGGAUGGCGUUGUUUGGAUCUCUCCACGGCACCAUUGUGCCUCCGUUGUCUCGCAAUGUUAUUUAUUUCAUUGAGAAUUCAAAAGGAAAAUACAUCUAA